AGCGCAGCUCAACAACCCACUACUCUGAUCCCAUUCGGAGUCUUGACGCAGAUGCAUUUACAUUCGCUCGAAGCAACAUUCGCUCGCCUCGUGAUGAUCUCUUUUGACCACGAGAACCAUCUUCUACCACUCAAGUCCUUGGCAAAGCACUCCUUGUACGAGCUCUGAAUACAAUGACACCAAUCCUGCACGCGCUGGACAACUCGAGAGCUUUCCGAGUCCUUUGGCUCGCCAAUGAGCUCGACAUCGAGCUGGACGUAAAGAGCUAUGCUCGGAUCGAUGGCAAAGGUGCAGAUCCCAAGAUGAAAGAGCAAAGCAGGUUCAAAUUGGGCAAAAGUCCUUGUAUCGAGGACGAUGAUCUGCUCGUCGUUGAGAGCGGCAACUGCAUGGAAUACCUCGUAGAGAGGUACGCUUCAAAAGGUGCCAGCUGGAUACCAAACUCGCCAGACUGGAAAGGUCGCACAGCAGUCAGAGGCUGGAUCGGAUUUGCCGAGACUCUCAUGACGCACGCUCUGCCAAUCAUUUACGUCCAAUGGUUCGCAGACGAGGGCACUGCCAAAGAGCUUGGCCCGAAGCUGGGCGCAAACGUGGUCAAGGAUCUUGACUACGUCGAAAGCGAAUUGGUUGCAAACAGAUCUGGUUACCUGUACGGCAACGACAUCACCGCUGCAGAUAUCGCAGUCGCAUUUAGCGUCGAGUACGUCUUGUUCAAGCAGAUUGGCACGAGUAAUCAGAAAUGGCACGGUAUAGAUGCGUGGCUCAAACGCCUCGAGUCUAGACCAGCCUACCAAAAGACGCUCAAAGCUGGCUUCAAGCACGACUUUUCAUUGCUCUGAAGGCCGCUG